GUUAAUAAUGUCUGCACAGACCCGCCUCCAGUCAGCUUCUCUGACUCUAAGUAGGUGGGUCAUGACUCCCGGAACCCUCCUCCUGCUGCUCUCGGGGGCCCUGGCCCUGACCGAGACACGGGCGGGCUCCCACUCCAUGAGGUAUUUCCACACCGGGGUGUCCCGGCCCGGCCGCGGGGAGCCCCGCUUCAUCACCGCCGGCUACGUGGACGACACGCAGUUCGUGUGGUUCGACAGCGACGCCCCGAAUCCGAGGAAGGAGCCGCGGGCGCGGUGGGUGGAGCAGGAGGGGCCGGAGUACUGGGAACGGGAGACACGGAUCUCCAAGGAGAACGCACAGACGUUCCGAGUGAACCUGCGCACCGCCCUCGGCUACUACAACCAGAGCGAGGCCGGGUCUCAGACCUACCAGAGGAUGUACGGUGAUGCUAGAUUUGUUUACAACCUACCCCCAUCCAACAUUGUGACUUCAGAGUCCCUGACUCCUCUUAUGCAAAGAGCAUCUGAAAUUGUCUUGCCCUAUUAGCAUAAUGUGAGGAGG